AUGAAGAAGAAUAACAGUGCACGCAAAAGCGACGAUGAGAAAGAUUCGAAAGUGUGUAAAAGUUUUUCAAGGAAAUUGCGAGAGCACUUAACGACAAAAGAGGUGCACGGGUGGUUUUGCAAUGACCAAGACAAACUGUAUGAAAAGAAUGACCCAGUUCAGUCUAAGAAGCAGAAAGAGGCGGAAGAAAGGGAAUUAGCUGAGUCACCCACAACGCAGGGUCCCAGAUGCAGCAACAUUCGAGCCAUAGGACAGUAUCCUCAUGAUGCUAUCUCAAUAUUUGAAAAUGCGUGA